AUGAUUGAAGUCAUUGUUAAUGACCGUCUGGGAAAGAAGGUAACUAUCAAGUGCCUGCCUACUGAUACUAUAGGUGAUUUCAAAAAAGUUCUUUCUAUACAGCUGGGUUCUUCCCACAACAAGCUAGUUUUACAAAAGGGGGGCUCCUCCUUGAAGGAUCUCAUUACGUUAGAAGAUUACGAGAUUCACGAUGGAACCAAUUUGGAAUUAUAUUAUUUGUGA